AUGUCAGUAAAAGCUUUGCCAUUUGUAAAAAUGCCUUCAAUUUCAAUUGAAAAUCGUAUUAAAAACAUCGAAACCUAUAACGAAAAUGGUCGUUGCGUGAAAACCACAUAUCGUAAAAUUCGUGAUAUGUUUGGUCGUCAUGGUCGGCCAUCUGAGAACGCUAUUAAGAAUUUGGUGGAUAAAUUCAAAUCUACUGGUUCAACCAACAACAUACCAACUCCAAUUCGUGUUCGUCCGGGUCGUUCAGCUGAAAAUAUUGCUGCUGUGAGUGAAAGUGUUGAACAAGAUCCAAAUCUGUCCAUUCCGCGGCGUUCUCAACAAUUGGGCUUAUCGACAAUGACCACAUGGCGAAUUUUGCGUAAGGAUUUAUCUCUAAAACCUUAUAAGGUACAGUUGGUUCAAGAAUUGAAGCCGGCCGACCAUUACGUUCGUCAAACAAUGGAUUUAUUGCAAACCAAAUUUCCAGAUCGAGUAAUUUCGCGUAACUCUGCAGUAAAUUGGCCGCCUAGAUCCUGUGAUUUAACACCUCUGGACUAUUUCUUGUGGGGCUAUGUGAAAGAUAAAGUCUAUGCGGAUAAUCCGCUAACCAUUGAGGCGUUAAAAGCCAACAUUGAACGUGCCAUUCGUGAGAUAGAGCCUCAGUUAUGCCAAAAUGUAAUUACAAAUUUUAACAAACGAAUCGAUGUUUGUAGGCGUACUGGGGGUGGGCAUUUGAAUGAUAUUAUUUUUCAUUUAUAA